UAUGGACCAAACGCGGGCAGGUGGGAGUAGUGUAGCUGGGACAUUGUUGGCCGGUGUGGGCAAGUUCCACGCUGUAUCACUCGGUGACUGUCUGAAGAAAGCCACAGGGCGGUGUGAGUGGGAGUUUUGAGGCGUAGCCUGGAAUAGAGCGGGGUGGGGAGAGCGAGAAAACGAUUGAUUUUUUUUUAAUGAAAACGCUUUCUUCUCAUUCUCAGUCAAUCUCUCCUCAUUUGCGCGCAGCCCUCUCCUUAUAUAGAGGCUGCUAGCCGAGUGAGCCGAGGCUGCCGCUUUAUAAGUGGAGGGUGGGAGAAGGAAGCGUUUCAUUCGGCGCUGCUCCGGGAGGGCAGAGAGUGCUGGAGCGGAGACCACAGGCGGCGAGGGCGAGGGCGAGGGCUGACACAGACACAGACACGGACACGGACACGGACACGGACACGGACACGGACACGGGGGCGGUGUCGGGGCAAAGUCCGGGCCCAGGGAAGGAGCACCAUGAUCGGCAGCAGGUCCGGAAGCUUGAAGCCUUCGCCACAGGACGGAGACGGCAAGAAACUCGCUCUGAAAGCCUUUCAGAAAGUUGGGUUACAUGAAGAUGAUGAUGUGAAGUACAUGCUGAGAGGCGGCAAGUUGCGAAAAGUAAAGUCCAGUAAGUGGAAGAAGGAUCGCCAGAUGAAGCUGCAGGAGGACGGGCUCUCAAUCUGGUACGAGUCCAGGAAUAAGCCACCUACGUUCUCGGUGAUGGACAUCCAGGACAUCCAGGAGGGUCACCAGUCGGACGUGAUGACCAAACACGGCGGCAGCUUCUUGCAGAAACGUUGUUUCACCAUCGUGUUCGUGGGCAGCCGGAGCAGCUUGGACCUGGUGGCGGCCUCAGAGGAGGAAGGGAGGUGCUGGGUGCGGGGGCUGAAGAAGCUCACCGGAAGAGUAGCAACCAUGAGCCAGCAGGACAAAAUCGAACACUUGAUCCAUCAACAUCUGCAGAAGGCUGAUAAAAACAACGACAACAAGAUCAGUUUUAAGGAAAUGAAAAAUAUGCUCAAAAUGAUCAACCUGAAAGUAAAUGAUGAUUACGUCAACUCCCUCUUUCAGCAAUGUGACAAAUCGAAAACAAAUAAACUGGAAGAGCAUGAGAUCGAGGAGUUCUGCAAGUUACUGAUGCAGCGUCCAGAGUUGGAGCAAAUCUUCCAUCAGUUCUCAGGCCAGGGACAAACGCUGACCACUGACGAGCUGCAACAUUUCUUGAAAGAACAGAAGGAGAUAGUUACAGAAGAAAAUUGUUUGAACAUCAUGCAGAAGUACGGACUUUAUGAUAACGGCAAACUGAACCAGGGUUUGACCUUCGAUGGCUUCAUGAUGUACAUGCUGUCUCCUGAAGGAAACAUUUUUAACCCCGACCAUGAGAAGGUCUACCAGGACAUGAGCCAGCCACUCAGUCACUACUUCAUUUCAACUUCCCAUAACACCUACCUGAUGGAGGACCAGUUGGGAGGACCAAGCAGUACCGAGGCAUACAUCAGAGCUCUUCUGAGGGGCUGUCGCUGUGUGGAGUUGGACUGCUGGGAGGGGCCGAAUGGAGAGCCUAUCAUCUACCAUGGAUACACCCUCACCUCCAAAAUCCUCUUCAAGGACGUCAUUACAACCAUCAGGGAUUACGCCUUCACGGUCUCUCCGUAUCCCGUCAUCCUGUCCCUGGAGAAUCACUGUGGCAAGGAGCAGCAGGCGGUCAUGGCCCGGCAUUUGAAGGGAAUCCUCGGCAACAUGUUGGUCACCACUCCGGUCGAUGAUAAAGUCCUGGGGGAGCUUCCCUCACCCGAGGAACUCAAGCGGAAGAUUCUAAUAAAGGGGAAGAAGCUGAAGUGCUCUGGGUCCACGGCAGUGCAGCAGGAGGAAGCAACAGACGACUGUGAAGAAGAGAAUGUGAAAAAUGAAAAGAAAAACAAGAAGAAACUCACGAGGGAGCUGUCGGACCUGGUGAUAUACUGUCAGAGUACCCAUUUCCAGAGCUUUGACCAGACCUGGAUAAGACAAGUUUCCCACGAGACAUCCUCCUUCUCUGAAACCAAGGCCAAGAGGCUGAUUGCUGAAAAUGGGUUCAAUUUUGUCGUUCACAACACCUUGCAGCUCUCCAAGGUCUACCCGCUGGGUUGCCGAGUCAGUUCUUCCAACUUCAACCCUCAGGAGAUGUGGAACGGCGGCUGUCAACUGGUGGCCCUGAACUUCCAGAAGCCUGGAAUGGAGAUGGAUUUGAACAAAGGGAAGUUUCGCCAGAAUGGUCGAUCCGGUUACAUCCUGAAGCCCAGCUUCAUGAGGGACAGGACCGUUCUGUUUGAUCCCGUGCGACCCAUCGAAGGUUCAGGCCUCGACAGGAAGCAGCUGUUCAUCGACGUUAUUACAGCACAGCAGUUGCCCAAAGUGAAUAAGGACAAAAAGAACUCCAUAGUGGAUCCUCUGGUGCGUGUAGAAAUCCAUGGAGUUCCUGACGAUAACGCCACAAAAAAGACGAAACACAUUGAAAAUAAUGGUUUUAACCCAGUGUGGAAUGAGUUGCUCCGGUUUACCAUCAGCGUUCCCGAGCUGACGCUGAUCCGGUUCCUGGUCGAAGAUUACGACUCGUCUUCCAGCAACGACUUUAUCGGGCAGUUCACACUCCCCUUCACCAGCGUGAAAGAAGGCUAUCGCCACAUCCACCUGCUGGCCAGGGACUCCGCGUCCCUCUCACCCGCCACCCUCUUUGUUCGGGUCAGGAUUAGGAACCUGUAAUGAGGAGCGAGCUGACAGCCGGAACGAGUGCGGGAGUUGGUGCAGCAGCCCAGGGCUCUCAAUGGGGACUAGAAUCGAGUUGACACGAUGGGGACUGGAAUCGACCUUCGAACGUAUACAGUGAUAAGAGUCGUUAUUGUAACAUGGCAACGUGGGGAGAAACUUUAAACCAGAGAUACGUUGUGGGCAGGGCAGUGAGUGGACCUUGUUCAGUCUGCAUGGAUGAUGCGCACCUUGCAAACGCUCCCUAUUUUCAAAAUGCAGUGCUUGGAAGUUGGUCCAGCAGUGCUGCCCAUUCCAUCGUCUAUCCCGAAGCUACAGUAAAACCAAACUCCCAUACUCCAGGGAGCUUCACGUCUCCCCAGAUGUUUAAUGAGAACUUCUACUGCAAGUUGCUCUUGCAGGUUGGAUCCCAGCUGUUCCAGGUGUGACCACUGGCUCCCUGCAGUAUCAGUGGUUCCAUGAACUUCCCAGUCACUGACCACUUGGUUCCAAACUUCAAGGUCCUUGCUAUGUGAGCGCAUUGGGACCCGACUCACAAACUCUCUGAUCCUCACCCUCAACUCCAGCCAGCUGUCACCCCUGUCCCCCUGUCGCUGGAUGGGAAUAAGCAGGGAUGUACAGAGAGCAAUGUGGGCAGGGAGGUUCUGAAGUGUUUGACCACUAGGGCUGGCUGUUAGUUGGGGGACAUUUGCCAAGGUAGAAUCGAGCAGCCAAGCGGGCCUGGAUAGAUGUGGGAUUUAAAGGUCAGCACAGAACAGGGAUUUUCAGUGGGGACUCUUCUGAUCUGAAUGGUCCAUGGGAAUGUUUCAAGGAGUCCACCACUACAUUGAGGAUAGCACUGGUGGCAUUGCCCUCACUGCAUCCUCACUCUUCCAGCAUGUGUAGGCCUCCAGCCUCAGCCCUUCCCUUUCGGUCCAACAGCUAGCUAUUCCAUCUCUGGAAAAGCCUGACCCAGCUUUGCUCAUUCCAUCUGGUCACUCACGCAAUGGCGUCGCUAAUGUGCUCCUGGGAGCUUACCCUCGAGCCUUUCCUGUCCAGAAGUCUCAAGGUCUCCAUUGGCUGGAACUGCUCUUCAUGUCAUCUCAGAUCCCGUAGCCAUUACCAUCCAGCACUGAUUGGGAUUCAACAAGCAACCAUACCCAGGAAACCUCUCGAUUCUCUCUUUCCCUGUAAUUCAUCAUACCGUCUGUUUAAAAAAUGUGCUUAACUAAAAUUGAAUAUGGGCCAACUCAGGUAGACAUCUUGGUCAGUAUGGAUGAAUUGGGUUGAGGGGCCUGUUUCUAUGCUGUAGAAGUCCAUAUCCUGCCUUGUUCCUCGUAAUUUCCUAAUUUUAUUCUAAGUCUCUGGAGAUGUGAAUCUUAUUCAGUUUUCAUAAAGUCCGAGUAAUACAGCAUGGAAACGGCCAAUCGGCUCAUUUCUUACAUGCCAACCAAAAUACCUCAUCUAAGUUCGGCCCAUUUAUCUGCAUUUGCCCCAUAUCCCUAAAUCUUUCCGACCUAUGAACCUGUCAAAAUGUAUUUUAAGUGUUGUUAUUGUACCUGGCUCAACUACAUCCCUGGCAGCGUGUUCCAUAUACAAACUACUCUCUGUGUGAAAACAUUUCUCCUCAUAUUCCUAUUAUGUUUGUCCACCCUCAUCUUAAACCUAUACCCUCUAGUUCUUGAUUUCCCUGUCCUUGUAAAAGAUUGUGCAUUCACUCUAUUUAUUGCCUCAUGAUUUUAUACACCUCUGUAAGAUCACCAAUUCUUUUCAGUUCACUUCUUAAUGUAAGAAAACUAGAUCUAGAUCUCUUUGGCAUUUCUGCAAAGGACCAUGUUUAUUUUCCUGAAGCUUAUGUCAGAACACAAGCACGAGACACUACAUCCACCUUUGUGGAUGGCGACAUUCCUGCUUAAGAACUGGGACCAUCCUCUUGUGAACCUUGGAAAUCCCUCUGUUCAUGGAGUUCACCAUCUCAUUGGCCUCAAGGACACCUGCUCCUCCACUCCCAGCCAAAUCUCCACCUGGGCCAGUCAUUGGAAAGCAUAACCAUUGUGAUACCAGGCAGAACAAUUGAAAGCCCGGUGGCACAAACUACGCUUUUAGUUGCUUAUAAAUUCACGGCUGAUUUAAUGGUGGUGUUUAAUAUGUUUAAGUGAUUUACUGCAUUAAUAGAAUUAUACCUUAAGCAUAACUCAAAUGGAGGCCCAGUUUAAGCUAUAAGAACAAUCUAGUCCAUUCCUUUCUCCAGCUCAUUCUCCAGAGGCCUGCAAAUCCUUUCCUUUUGAGUACAUCUCCCAUUCCGUUUAGUCACGAUUGAAUCCACAGUACUUCAGCUGUCCUGCUAGGCAGUACAUUCCAGACCAUAGCCACUCAUUGAAAUGUUUUCCUUAUCCCACUUUUGGUCCUUUUGCCAGUCACACAGAGAAUUUAUUUCCUAUGGAAUCUGGAGCAUUCUGAGCAAGGAUAUGUGGCUGUGGUAGUGAGUCUUGGUAGGAAUGUUGUCAAAAUGGACUGGGUUGAGAAUGGACCCAAGGCAUUCAGAGUGAUAACGGGGAAACUCCUCUUUGUCCAAAGGGUGUAGAAAUGUGGAACUCCCUCUCCCCAAAGCUUUGAGGCUAGAGGCCAAUUGGAAAAGACAAAAGCAUAAUUGGUGGGCUUUGUUGGGUAAAUGUUAUUAAGGGAUGUGGAGUAGGCAUGGUGGGGAGUGCUCUCCAUUUGUUUCUGAUGCAUGGGGUUAGAACGGUCGAGACAGGAUCAGAAGCAGACUACUGACCCUGUCCAGACACGCUGAGCAGAUGCACCAGGGAACAACAAGGGGAUUCAGCUGGAGGGGGAAACUGUCCUGUGGCCUUCUGAGACCAAAUGUGUUGGGCUGAGCUGUUGGUGGGACCACGAAGGAGCAGGAGUUGGGGGUGCCUGGCUCGCUGAGUUACUCCAGCCUUUCGCUUCUAUCUUAGGAGUUGCGGGUCUCAAUGGGACCUGAUGGAGCUGGGGAUGCGGAUAAAGUGGCUCUGGGUCAGCAAAUAUUACUGGAAACUCUACUAAGGAGAGGACAGUACAAACUGUGUGCAAAGGUCACGUAUUUAAUGUCACUUGAGAGGAUGAUCACUAUGGCUUUGUACAUAACAGAGACAUAAAGAAGCAUGAUGAACAAAGGGGAGAGCUGAAGAAAUUAUUUAAAAAAAAUGUUGACUGUUUAAAAUAAGGCACUAUUAAUGUAAAUAAUGCAAGUAGUGUUAGACUGUGUGACAGUCUGGAAUGCAGAAUACUGUUCUUUGUAAAAUAAAUUAUCAUUAAGACUUCUGGCUUGUUCAUAUUUAAAGUCUGUCAAUUAUGUAUUGUUGUAUAGUGCUUUUAUCAUAUCAAUUUAUCACAACAAGUAUUGCAGGUUGGGGUUUAUGAGGUUGGGGUAAGGGGAUCAAAGGAAGUAUCAUUGCAGAUGUGCAGUUUAAGACAUUUCUGACCCCUCACCUCUGGCAUGGAAGAGUUUCAUCUUAACCCAAGAACAAGCAAACUGAGGGAUUGCAGUCCCACAGUAAGUUACACCAAUUCCGUCAUGACUAUGCUAUGUGGGUGAUUAUUUUAUUUUACUGCACUAGUCUGCUUUAAAAACACACAAUGGCUGAAAGACUUCAGUGCCUAAUACAGGGGCAGCUCUAUACAGUACUUUGUCAAUUCUGUGUAACCAGCUUUUUGUCAGCAAUUUCAGCGAGUUUGUUUCCAGUUUGCCAGAAUCUGUGAUAUUUAGUUUCACUGCUUCUACUCCUGCUCUCUCUGCUGGUGCCAAGAGCUCACUUACAUUUCUUCGAAACGAUGAUUUAAAUGUGAAAUCUUGCCUCAGAAACCUGGUCUCACUGCACCUAUUCAUCAGGCAAUAAACGGGCAUCUGGCAAAUAACAAACCUAGGUCACUCGAACCCCACCCUAUUGGGAGAGAAGGCGGGAACGGGGUACUGAUUUUGGAUGAUCAGCCAUGAUCAUAUUGAAUGGCGGUGCUGGCUCGAAGGGUCGAAUGGCCUACUCCUGCACCUAUUUUCUAUUGACCUGCAGUGCACAGAUAUGCCCUUGUGCAUGUUCAGACACCCAGCUUCAAGCUAUCGAUUCAUUCACUGAAGCAUACGAAGGAAUGUACAUUGCAUUCAACAUUUAUAAAUGAAUAUACACAAAAAAGCUGGAGAAACUCAGCGGGUGCAGCUAUGGAGCGAAGGAAAUAGGCAAUGUUUCGGGCCGAAACCCUUUUCCAUAUUGCCUGAUAAAUGAAUGUUUCGCUGCCAAUCUGCUUUCUCUCUAAAACAUUCCCUCCAACAAAAAACCCUGAAUAAUGAGGGUUGCUAUCCUUAUAUUUGAAGCUGCCUUCCAGCAAAGACAGACAUCAUGGGCAAAAUUCGUUAUCACCUUCAAGCUGCCUUGGAUAUCUGAGGAAAAGAGUGUUUGAAAAUCAAGACCUCAAAACUUGGCACAAUACUCAUGGUCCUCGAGGUAGCAGUGAUCCCCCAUUCUCCUGCACAUUUCUGAGACCUGGUCUGCAUACAGCAGUCAUUUCCAAGGCCCUGGAAAGAUAUGACCCAUGCUGUCCAUGCAAAAUCCUUCAAAUUCAGUGGAGGGUAAAUAAACAAACAUGUGUUCCCUUCCAGACCUACAUCCUCCAGCAUUGAGGCCCUAAUUACACAUAGUUGGUUCCAUUACUCAGACCAUAUCUGACACCAAACAGGCAAUCUGGAGGUCCUAGUUUCAUUGUAGUAAGAAAUUGGUCUGAGGACAUGAUUGAAAAAUGUGUUCAAAGCCUCAAUGAAGAAAUGCAACCUUCCCACAUUGACUGGUGGGCAUCCCUGGCGCAUGACACUAAAACUGGAUGAGGAGUAUCCAGCACAGCAAGUGAGAAGCCCAGGCAUUGAAAGGUGACAGAAACCAAGAGUGAAUCGUGAAAGGAAUGCAUCCGCACCCAAGUUACUCACCUCAAUGUCAGGGACCUCCUUCCCCACCUUUGGCAGUCUGUGAAUUCCACUUUGGUCUUGUCUUGUCACCCAUUUCAGAGGGCACGGAGCUACAGUGGAAGCAAUUAAUUUACAACACAGAGGGACUAUCUGAGAAGGUGCAAGGUGAGCAGAAGCACCAAAUGUGUAUCACCUACCAUUAUGAUAAACGCU